UGUGUGUGGAGCAGUCAACAAUCGAGGCACGUGGAGUGUGGUUAUUCGUUUCAAACGCCAGCUCUGCCGCUGCCCCGUGUUCGCGGAAAGGGAGAAAUUUCUCUUUUCGGCUUUUUUAAGACUCCUCAGUCCAGGACUUUGACGCAGAUUCUAUUGCUGUUCACUGUUUGGUGUUUCAACCAUGCCAAAGUACUAUUGCGAUUAUUGCGACACAUACUUAACACAUGAUUCGCCAUCUGUCCGGAAGACGCACUGUGCCGGACGGAAGCACAAGGAUAAUGUUAAAUUUUACUAUCAAAAGUGGAUGGAAGACCAGGCACAAAGUUUGAUUGACGCGACAACUGCUGCCUUCAAAGCAGGAAAAAUACCAGCAAAUCCAUUUGGAGCACCUGGAAAGGGUGUAGCUAUCCCACCUCCAGGAAUGCUCCCACCACGUAUGGGGAUGCCUCCUCCGCCCGGAAUGAUGGGACGACCUCCAAUGCUUCCUCCUGGAAUGCCACCAAUGAUGAUGCCGCCAGGUGGUCCUCCAGGUAUGCCUCCAGGAAUGCUGGCGGGGAUGCGCCCUCCGAUGGGUCUUGGAAUUCCCCCGGGAAUGCCACCCCCACUAAUCCCUCCUCCUGGUCAACCCCAACCACUCAUGGCGAGACCGCUUCUUCCCCCAACCUCUGGAUAGUAAAAAUGAAAGUUUACAGCUAUCGAACCAUUCACUUUUUUCAGACUAGAAUGUAUUAAUUAUUGAACACAUAGUUUAAGAAACACCAUUUUAUCUACCUUGUCCGCUUGUUUGUAAUACAAAAGAAAACAUUUGUAAAUGUCAAUUCUUGUUUCUUAUUACAUAAAAAUUUUAUAUACA